AACACUUUUUUUCAACUACUAAUAAACAGUUGAAUUCAUACAAAUACUAAGCACCAAUUCUUUCUUUGUUUCUCAAAGCCUUUCACUUCACCCAAACUACCACCAAAAUCCGCGGCAGCGCCACCAUCGUGGCCUGUCGCGCCUCCGCAACCAUCUAUCAUUCUUUCUCAAUUCCCUUCCUCCGCCCCCUCCACAAACCCAAACUCCUCUUCUUCCCAAACCCUAGCCCGCCGCAUUCGAACCUGUCCAAAAUGGCGUACGGCGGUGCAGGUCCUGUCGGUGGCGGUGGUUCUAAUGUAACUCCGGCGAUUAAGCAAGUGAAAUUGGAAAAGGAAUGCGAACUGAGAAUUGAAGUCGGUAACGAUGCACCCCUUCGCCUUCGACUCCUUAACGGCACUGCUGAGAUUUUUGGUACCGAGCUUCCCCCUGAAAUCUGGCUCAAUUUUCCUCCCAAGCUCAAAUUUGCUGUAUUUACUUGGUUUGGGGCAACCAUUGAAAUGGACGGUGCUACUGAAACUGAUUACACUGCGGAUGAGACACCAAUGGUUAGUUAUGUAAAUGUGCAUGCUAUAUUAGAUGGAAGAAGGGACCGUGCCAAAAAAUCACCUUCAGACGACCCUGUAUUGUCUCAGGGCCCUAGGGUGAUUGUUGUAGGGCCUACAGAUUCUGGAAAGAGUACCUUGUCAAGGAUGCUUCUUAGUUGGGCAGCUAAACAAGGUUGGAAGCCCACCUUUGUUGACUUGGAUAUUGGCCAAGGAUCUAUUACAGUUCCUGGAUGCAUUGCUGCCACUCCAAUUGAAAUGCCCAUUGAUCCUGUCGAGGGAAUUCCACUUGAAAUGCCUCUUGUUUACUUUUAUGGACACACAUCGCCGAGUAAUAAUGUAGAAUUGUAUAAAGUGCUUGUCAAGGAGCUCGCAGCGAUACUGGAAAGACAAUUUACUGGAAAUACUGAAUCUCGAGCGGCUGGAAUGGUGAUAAAUACCAUGGGAUGGAUAGAGGGAGUAGGCUAUGAUUUGCUAUUACAUGCAAUCCGUACAUUCCAGGCCAAUGUUGUCUUGGUUUUGGGUCAGGAAAAACUGUGUAGCAUGCUCAGAGAUGUGCUUAAGGGUGAGCCUAAAGUAGAUGUUGUGAAACUUCAGAGGUCAGGUGGAGUUGUAUCUAGGAAUGCGAAGUUCCGUCAGAAGACCAGAAGUUCUAGGACAAGGGAAUACUUUUAUGGCCUUGCAAAUGAUCUUUCUCCUCAUUCUAAUAUUUCAAAUUUUAGUGACUUGUUUGUUUAUCGAGUUGGUGGCGGGCCACAAGCCCCACGUUCUGCCCUGCCAAUUGGAGCAGAACCUGCUGCAGAUCCAACAAGAGUUGUAGCUGUGAAUAUAAAUCGUGAUUUGCUCCAUACUGUCCUUGCUGUCUCAUUUGCCAAGGAACCUGAUGAGAUCAUUUCAAGCAAUGUUGCUGGUUUUAUCUAUGUAACAGACAUUGACAUUCAGAGAAAGAAGAUAACCUACCUUGCACCAUCUGCUGGAGAACUUCCAAGCAAGUAUUUAAUUAUGGGAUCCUUAACAUGGCUUGAAACAUGAGCUGAUAAACAGUUUUGUAAUGGUAGUUUUUGUUUUGAUAAUCCAAUCUCAUGUUUUGAUCAAUGUAAAUGUAAUGCUAAAGGUAAUUUGUGACACUUUGUUGGGUUUUUUUUCCUCCUAAUUAUGAUAAUAUAAUUAGAAGCCACUGGUUCCAUUGUUUUGAAAAUGAACUAUAUAACAUGGAACAGUCACUUAGGAGGUUUAAUGUUUGGAUAUGAUCUAGUUAUUCAUUGCUGAUAAACAUCUUCUGUAACCUAACUACUUAUGAUGAAUUAUGCCAUUGUCCUAUCCUGUUGAUAAAUUAUACCGGCAACCUCAGCAUUUUUACAAUUCUUUGGGAUGGUCGAUGUAGCAUCGGGUGAAUGUCAUUGUAACAUCGGGUGAAUGUCAUUGUAAUACUGAUAUUGGGUUGAAAGUGGUAUUUGACUAAUUGCUUGGUAGAAUAUGUAAAAAAUCAUACCCUUACAGGACUGCAAAAGCACGAUGGAUUUGGAUGAUACUUUAGUUAUACUGAAAAUUUAUAGAAAUUGCUGAGUAUGCUACUGAAAAUUUACAAAAUAGAGUGUAAAUGUCCAAAUUAGUCU